ACCGGGACCAGGGCGGAGCCGCCGCGAGGGGGCGCCACGAGGCGUACUGAUGGUGCCCAUGGCGUCCCAGGACGGCCUCCGCAGGGGCCGUGGAGGCACACGCCUGAGCCUCCACCUCCUGAUCUGGCUUCAGCUCCUUCAACCCCUGCUCAGUGAGCCAUACCGACCCGAGGAGGAUUCCAGAAUGACCCCGGCAAGCCCAGAAGCCCGGACGCCUCCUGUGCACCCGAAAUUCCCCAAAAUUCCAGAAACCUCUGUAGCUCCAGGGUCUCCAGCACCCGCAGGGCCUCCAGGAUCCUGGGUUACUUCAGCAUCUACAGUGGGAGAAGCCUUGGAACCCGACGGGAUCUCCGACCUUGGAAGGCACCUUUCUCAGGCCUGUGGCCACCGUGUUUCAAGGAUAAUUGGAGGAUUGCCAGCCCCAAACAGGAAGUGGCCCUGGCAGGUGAGCCUGCAGACCAGCAACAGACACCACUGCGGAGGCUCCCUCAUCGACAGGCGCUGGGUGCUCACUGCCGCCCACUGUGUCUUUAGUAAUUUGGAAUACAAGGUGAAGCUGGGAGACACUGACUUGCAUGCUGGUUCCAAAGAGGCACUGGUGAUCCCUGUUCGAGACAUCGUUUUUCCUGGCAAUUUUGAUUUUGCCACUUUGACAAACGACAUUGCCCUUGCUCUGCUCGCCUACUCUGUGAAUUAUUCCUCACAUAUCCAGCCUGUGUGCCUCCCCGAAAAGCUUUUUGAAGUGGAAGCUGGGACAGAGUGCUGGGUGACUGGAUGGGGCCGAGUGUCAGAGAGUGUUUCAGGACCAAUGCCACUUGUUCUUCAGGAGACUGAGCUAAACAUUAUGCGUCAUGAGAAAUGUCGUGAGGUGCUCAAGAAGAAGAGUAUAUCCAAGAGUAAAAUGGUCAUGAGGGGGACCGUCUGUGGCUAUAAUGACCAAGGGAAGGAUGCCUGUCAGGGAGAUUCUGGGGGGCCCCUGGUCUGUGAAUUAAAUGGCACAUGGGUCCAGGUGGGGAUUGUGAGCUGGGGCGUUGGCUGCGGUCGCAAAGGAUACCCUGGAGUUUACACAGAAGUUAGUUUCUACAAGAAAUGGAUUACUGAUCACCUGAGACAAGCUUCCUGUUUGAAUUCAGCAGACUUCGUCAUCCUAGUCGUGUGUCUGGUGAUGCCCCUGGGCAUCCUGGUGACCCCGUGAUCAGACCCCAUUCCACUCUUCUGCUGUUUCUGAGUCUCACACUUAGGUGUCUCCUCUGACCAACUUCCCACUCCUUCUCAGUGACCUUUCCGCAAAUCCCAGUUGGAAUCCAUGGGCCUUCUGGAGAUCUGUACAAUAGAGCAUGGCAGGGAGACUGGGGCCUGGAAAGUGCCCCUGCCUGGUGCUCUGGUCACUUGCCUCAGCCAUGCCUGCACCAGGGCUGUGCUCUGGCUGGUGGGAAGGAGGGUGUGAACCGAUUCCAGCUAGAGGGCCAGCUGCCCUGCCAGGUGGGCCACGGUGACUCAUCAAUAUCUGGAGGAACAUCUAUCAAAGAAGAUACAUCAUCAAUGGUGAAGCAAGUGUUAGACGUGGUUCUGGUUUCAGGGCUCCCACCUGAGACUUUGUGAAACCAGCCAACUGGGUGAUUGCUCAGAGAGAGUGAAGGAGGCAUUACCAGGUCCCUGCAGACGUGUGAGGCCUGGGACUUCCACUCUGGCUCAGUUGUCUGGGGCUGGGAGAAGUUCCCCUGCAGCCCAGUGUGGAUCCAUCUGUGAGUGGACAGCCUCUGCCACACUAGUGCUUUUGGAGCAACCCAUUCUUGGCAGCCGCUUCCUCAGUGCCCUAGUGGUCACUUUCAGGGACACCACAAGUUGUGUUGAGGCAGUUAUGAAGUGUGGAGUUUUCAUAAAUCAACUGAAUAAAUGUUUGGAGAGUCUCCUGUU